GGUGACGUCAAUAUUCAGCGACGCUCUACGGUUUGUGUACAAUUUCAAGCUUGAUGGGAGGGUUACGUUUAAGACUACUGCAUCAAAUUUGUCUUUGUUUUGUCUUGUAUUCCUCGUGUGGUAAUCGUGAGGUGAGUAAAAUAACAUGUUAUCCCACUAAGUGUAUUGACAUUUUCGCGAUUAAAGCUAGCUAACUUGAAGCGUAGUGCCCUGCAUUGCUAGAUCAGCGUCACCCGUAAUAUAUGCGGAAUGCGCAACCAUUGCGGAUGUGGUGCAGAAAAAAUGCGCAUCGCUGCGACAAACGCAAUUAUACAAUUAUAAAGGUGCUAGACGUCAUCAUCAAGUUGAAACCUAUGUUGUAAAUUAUUUGAUAUUUGUAAUUUGUGUAACUAUUUGGUAACAUGUAUUAUAUUUCUCUCUUUUGUAGAUUUCCCUCGAUCCUCUAGUUACUCAAGUUUAUCUACACUUCUGCGUAUCUCUGUUGAUGGGUACUGUCAUAUAGUUGUUUUUGCACUAAUAUAAAGGAAUUGAAAGGCUCGUUUUCAGAGAGAGGGCAUGUCUCUCUUGGCCAGCUUUUACAGUUGAUGAACGUCUGCCCCAGGACUUUAGCUGUAGGCUACCUGGUAUGAAUGAAGAAUAUCUUAUGCAAACGAAUGCACAUUACAGUGAAUGUUGAUCCCAGUAUGUCCCUGCACAAGAUGCUCUCCUAGCGCCCCUUAUUUGUUUAUGUGCCACUUAGUUGUAGCCUGUGAACAUAUGCCUUAUGCUGCCCCUACGGAAAGAUUACUUAGUUGUCAGGCAGAUAUUGCUCAAGUCCCCAACAAUGGUGUGGUACGGCCAACCAUCUGUCGCUGUGUGAAUGGAACUGUCAGUUGGUCUGUCUGUAAACCAGGCCUGACUCAUGACUGAGUACUACGAGGAGGGGGGGCUGCUGUAUGAGCACUCACCUCCCAUGCACAUCAAAGUGGAGUCUCCGGAGGGCCCCUUCGGAGGGGGCGUCUCAGAGGACGGCUUUCCCAGGGAAGAUGAGGACUCAGAGGGCAGCUGUGACCACAGCAGUGGGCUGCCUGGAGGACUCCCCUUCAACGUGGUGGUGGUGCAUCCUAACAUCAUGACCCCUGGCAUGUCCUCAGAUGACCUCCUGUCCAUGGAACAGCGUAAGCUUUAACCAACUUUUAGCUAUUAAACGCAUGUCUAUUGUUCAAUAUUGAUGCUUGCAGUGGUGCUCUGUACUGUUAUGGUAAAUAGUAUAAUGUUUUGACUAUUACAUUUUUAUGUUUCACCUCAUAUGACAUAGUAAACAUUAUCCCUGUCUUUCUGUAGACAGAGGUAUGUCCUCUGCGUUGGCAGCGGGGGGUGCAGGCAAGAGGAAGAGUCGUUUUAGCGGUGCAGAGCUGGAGGUGCUGGUUUCUGAAGUGACGCAGUGUGAGGGAGAGCUUUUUGGUCCCGCUGGGAGGCUCCGGCGCAGGGAGAGAGAGAGGAUCUGGGCAGGGAUCCUGGAGCGGGUCAACGGCGUGUCCAGAGUCCCUCGCACCCUCCGCGAGGUCAAGAAGCGCUGGGACGACCUGAAGAGACGCAAUGGAGGCAGGCUGGCAGACGCCAGGCACCGCACUUGUUACCUGCCAUCCAGCAGAGGGGCUUCCAUGCUGGGACGGUCAGCUCAGGCAAGCCCCAGGCUUCACCAGGCCAGACAGAAGCAAAGCACCAGAGGGAAGGCCAGUUUCACGUGCUUCACUGAUACAGAACCAGGUAAAUCUGAACACUAACAAUGAGGUAAAGCCUUAGAUUCAAGCCUUGUAGGAACAUUCAAGAUAAUGCAUAUAAAAACUGAAUUUUUUAACCACUGUUUUCUAUUCUAUCCUCUUGUUUACUGCAGUGGGUGGAGGUGAAGGGUCGGAGAGGGACGGCUUUGAGAAGGAGGAGGAUAGUGGCGAGCGGGAAAGGGAGGUGGGAGAGGCGGAAUGCGAGGGGGCAGAGAGCAGCAUGGAGGAAAAGCUGGGUUUAGGACUAGGACUGGGAAUAGGACCUCCCCCUAACUCGGAACGCUGGCUGCCUCCCUCUCCCCUCUACAGCGCCCCUUUCCUCAAUGGCACCCCUCAGCCUAGUCCCCAGCCCUCACUAGGGGCCCAGCAGGGACCGCUGGAGGCCCCUCCUCGUGGCUCAUGGCUGGAGGACGAGCUCCGUGGCGUGGGGGAGGCAGCUCUGCAGCUGGGGGAUCGGGUGGAGCAGAGUCUUCGGGAGUUUGGGGAGGGAUUCAGACGAGAUAUGAGAACACUAGUGGCCUCUCAAGAGGCACUGGCAACCAGCUUACAGCAAAACAAUGUUCUCCUGCAAAGGCUGCUGGCAGUCCUAGAGGCGCAACAACAACAACAACAACCACCACCACCACAGCAGCAGCCACAUCAUUCCCAAAAGCAACAGCCACAACAGUCAACGCAGCAACCACAACAGUUACAGCAGCAGCAACCACAGCCUCAACAACCAAUUCAGCAGCAGCAGCAACAAAUACAGAUACAACCACAACAGCAACAACUGUUCCUGCAGCAACCCCAACUGGCACAGCAGCAACAACCGAUACAACCGCUACCACAGCAACCGCAGCAGCUACACCCCCAGAGUCCAAGUAAUCAACCAACUUUAGCAGUUGCCCCUGUACCACCACCCCCAGAUAUUCUUGAUGGUACCACCCGUCCUGAACCACCCACAGUCAUGAAUGGAACCGUCCAACGGCCAAGGCGGGGGAGAAUUGUUGAUCAUAGACGAAGAAGAAGGCGUUAG